AUGGCCGCCGACACAGUAACACCGCCUCGAGCACCUCCCAUUCCGUCCCAAGACCAGGAAAAAGCCGAGGUAAACAUGCCCAGCAUGCCACUAGACGGCCAUGUUGUCGUCGACGCAAAGCACGCCACGGAUAAGGAGCACGACAUGUCCCUCCUCACAGCCCUCAAGUUGUACCCCAACGCGAUCGGCUGGUCAGUCCUCGUCUCAGCCACCAUUAUCAUGGAGGGCUACGAUCUGGCACUGCUGGGCAACCUAUACGCCUCGCCGGCCUUCAACCGCAAGUUUGGCGCGUACGACGAGGCGGCCAAGAAGUACGUCGUCUCGGCCGCGUGGCAGUCGGGCCUCUCGAACGGGGCGCGGGCGGGCGAGAUCCUCGGCCUGAUCGUCGCCGGCUGGUUCUCGGAUCGCUAUGGAUACAAGCAAACGACCCUCUGGUCGCUGAUCAUGCUGACCUGCUUUGUGUUCGUGCUGUUCUUUGCACCGAACGUGCAGGUGUUGGUUGUUGGCGAGGUGCUAUGCGGUAUGCCAUGGGGCGCCUUCCAGAGUGUCACGGCGGCGUAUGCGUCCGAGGUCGCGCCGCUCGUGCUCAGGCCGUACCUCACGACCUUCAUCAACAUGUGCUGGGUGAUUGGGCAGUUCUUCGCCGUCGCGGUCAACAAGGGCUCGGUGAGCAGGACCGACGACUACUCCUACAAGAUCCCAUUCGCCGUCCAGUGGGUGUGGCCGGUGCUCAUACUUCCACCCCUCCUGUUUGCCCCUGAAUCUCCCUGGUGGUAUGUGAGACAUGGUAGAAGGGACGAAGCCAGGAAGUCUCUCCUGCGCCUGACCUCACGGAACCAGCCGGGCUUUGAUGUCUCGGAGACGAUUGCUAUGAUGGAACACACCAAUGAGCUGGAGAAGAAUAUGAAGGAAGGGGUUCGCUUCCGAGACUGCUUCAGCGGCGUCGAUCUCCGCCGUACCGAGACCGUCGUCGGGAUCUGGCUCGUCCAAACGCUAGGAGGCCAGAAUUUGAUGGGCUACUUCGCCUACUUCCUCACGCAAGCCGGCAUGGACCCGAGCAAUUCCUUCACCCUCUCCCUGUGCCAGUACGCCCUCGGCCUGAUCGGCACCGCCGGCUCGUGGUUCCUCAUGGCCCGCGUCGGGCGAAGGACGAUCCACUUCGGCGGGCUCUGCGCACAGCUCACGCUGCUCCUCAUCGUGGGCUGCCUCUCGUUCGGGCAGACCAAGGCGUCGGUGUGGGCCAUCGGCGCGAUGCUGAUCGUCUUUACGUUCGUGUACGACUUCACCGUCGGGCCCGUGACGUACUCGCUCGUGUCGGAGCUCUCGUCUACGCGGCUGAAAGCCAAAACCAUCGUGCUGGCGAGGGCCGCAUACAACGCGAGCAACAUCUUUGUCAACGUCAUGACCAACUACCAGCUCAGCUCGACGGCGUGGAACUGGGGCGCCCGCACGGCCUUCUUCUGGGCGGGCAGCUGCCUGCUUUCGGCCGUGUGGGUGUACUUCAGGCUGCCGGAGCCCAGGGGCAGGACGUAUGCCGAGCUGGAUCUGCUGUUUGAGAAGGGCGUGCCGGCGAGGAAGUUCGCGAGCGCCAAGAUCGAUCCGUUCGCGCAGGCUGCGAGCGGCGGGAAGAGGCUGUCCGUGGAGGAGAUAGAGCAUGUAGAGAAGGAGAUAGAGCAUGUAGAGAAGGAGCGUUGA